UUCUGCUGGCUUCUUCUACAAACGAAGCGUCAUGGCAUCUUCUCUCUACACCACGCUUCUGUCAAAUUCUCUACAGCACGAGAGAAUUACGAAGCAGAGUUUAUCACACAAUCUCUCCAGCCUAUCAUCAAAUAAGACUGUUAACCUUUCUCUUGCUCUUGAAUAUCCUAACAAAUUACUUAAACUCUCACCAAGUAGACACCAUGCUACUAUAGCCUCCGCAGUGUCCAGUUCUACAGGGGUUCAGCCAAGCGAAGAAACAAGGAGUUCUCUGGACUCAGUGAAAGUCUUCGAUUUGAAAGGAAAUGGAAUUCCACUUUCCGACCUGUGGAAAGAUAGAAAAGUUGUCGUUGCAUUUGCUCGCCAUUUUGGGUGCGUGCUUUGCCGGAAGAGGGCUGAUUAUCUUGCCUCCAAGAAGGAUAUAAUGGACGCAUCUGAUGUGGCACUUGUACUGAUUGGACCUGGAAGCAUUGACCAGGCCAAAGCCUUCGCUGAACAAACAAAAUUUCAAGGAGAAAUUUAUGCAGACCCCGCUCAUGCAUCAUAUGAAGCCUUUGAAUUUGUUUCUGGAGUUUUAACUACAUUUACUCCCAAUGCAGGUCUUAAAAUAAUCCAGUUAUACAUGGAAGGUUACCGACAAGAUUGGAAGCUGUCAUUUGAAAAGGAUACUGUUUCCAGAGGUGGCUGGAAACAAGGAGGAAUUAUAGUUGCAGGUCCUGGUAAAAGUAACAUCUCGUACAUUCACAAGGACAAAGAGGCAGGGGAUGAUCCCCCCAUUGAAGAUAUUUUAAAAGCAUGUGGCUCGUAAAUGUUGGCGAUAAGGAUCUUCUCUUUUCUUGCUAUAUGUACGCCUUGUAAAUACUGGAGUCUUCCUACUUUGGCAAGGAGCUUGACUAGAGGAAUGUUAAUUCCAGAACACUAGGGAUACAUGAAAUGUCGGGAAAAUAAGAAUGUAAAUUGGAGUGAUAGUUGUAGUUUCAUUAGAGAAAGUAAGAAAAAAGCAAGCAUUGUUGAAUGUUGAAUAGUGGUAACAAAAUUGAUAUUAACAUUACAUAAAGAUUAUGCAAUGAAUAUACAAAAUUACUUA